UAGAAAGCCAUAUCAAUUAGGGGGUGCCAUAAAUCAAAGACUUAAAAUGUCUAAUUCUUAUCUCCAAUUGCUACUUGUUUUGGUUAUUUACAUAAUUUCAGCUAUUUCAGCUCAACCACAUGAAAACUAUGAUGAUAGUGUGUUCACUCUACAAGUACCAACAUUAGAGGAAACCAAUUUGGAUAAUCUCUUAUCCUUUGGUUACUACCAUAAAAGUUGUCCUCAAUUUGAAUCCAUCUUGCAAAACAAAGUCAAAGAAUGGAUUAAGAAGGAUUACACUUUAGCAGCUAGUCUCUUAAGGUUGCACUUCCAUGAUUGCUCUGUUAGGGGAUGUGAUGGCUCCAUUCUAUUGAAACAUGAAGGAAGUGAGAGAACAGCAUUGCCAAGCAAGACAUUGAGAGGUUAUGAAGUGAUUGAUGAUAUAAAGGCAGAGAUAGAGAGGCAAUGUCCUAAGACAGUGUCUUGUGCUGACAUUCUAACUACUGCUGCAAGGGAUGCCACAGUUGAAUUGGGUGGACCAUAUUGGCCAGUACCUUAUGGAAGGAAAGAUGGGAAAGUUUCUGUUGACAAGGAAGCUGAACUGGUUCCUAUAGGUCAUGAGAACAUUACUUCAUUGAUUGAGUAUUUUCAGUCCAAAGGCUUGACUGUUCUUGACUUAGUUGUUCUCUCAGGGGCACAUACAAUUGGAAGGACAACAUGUGGGUCAAUUCAAUACAGGCUAUACAACUACAGAGGAACAGGCAAACCAGACCCAACAAUAGACCCAAAAUACCUUAACUACUUGAAAAGGAAAUGUAGAUGGGCCUCAGAAUAUGUGUACCUUGAUGCUAUAACACCAAAAACCUUUGAUAGAGAGUACUAUCUAAACCUCAAAAAGAAUAUGGGCUUGUUAUCAACAGAUCAAUUGUUAUAUUCUGAUUCAAGGACUUCUCCAUUUGUUUCAGCAUUUACUACAACACCCUCUCUUUUUCAACACCAAUUUGCUUUUUCAAUGUCAAAGUUUGGUGUCAUUGAUGUUCUUACUGAUCAAGAUGAAGAUGGAGAAAUCAGGACCAACUGCAAUUUUGUCAACGAUUAUUCUUACUAGUUAUUUGUUUGUUUUAAAUUUCAACAAUUUUUAAUGAGUUUAAUGGCCAUGCACUAUCAGUGUAAACGGUUUUACACUAACAGCCAAUACAAGUCGUUGAUUGAAUAUAUAUUUUAGGAUGGAAGUUGUGAUCAGAUGACAAGAUCAUAAAAUCAAUGAUUAAUAUUAGCUGUAUUAUGUAAAAUUCAUUUUCAGUAUAUGUACCAUUUUCUCAUUUUUAAUGUGUACUUUGAUCUUGUUACUUGAAUUUGUUUAUGUCAA